AUGUCAGGAAAAGUUUAUUUCAUCUCUGGUGGUAACCGUGGUAUUGGUUUCGAAUUCGUUAAACAAUUGUCUUCAAAUCCAGAAAACACUAUCAUUGCAAGUGCUAGAGAUCCUGCGAAAGCUGCUGAACUUCAAAAUUUAGUUGAUGCUCAAGAAAACAUUAAAGUUGUUAAGUUAGAUGUCUCUGAUAAGGCUUCAAUUGACUCUUUGGAUGCCCAGUUAAAAAAUGUUGCUAAAGAUGGUAUUGAUGUUUUGAUCUCAAAUGCUGGUAUUGCUCAAUCUUUCGAAACUGCCAUUAAUACUGAUCAAGAAACUUAUGAAAAACAUUAUAGAACAAAUGUUCUUGGUCCAAUCUUUUUAACAAAAGUCGUUUACCCUUAUUUGAAAUUGAAAGAAACAAGACACUUGGUUUACAUUUCAAGUUUAGCCGGUUCAAUUGGUGCUCAAAUUCCAUUCACCACCUCUGCUUAUGGUCAAUCAAAAGCUGCUUUGAACUACAGUAUUAAAGAAAUCAGUUUUGAAUUAGGUGCCGAGAAUUUCAUUGCUGUUGCAUUACAUCCAGGUAUGGUUGAAACCGAUAUGGGUAAAGUUGGUAUUGAGUGGUUCUCAAAGAAUAGCCCUGAAGUUAUGGAUGCUUUCAAACAAAUUCCAGUUCUUUCACCGGAAGAGAGUGCAAAAGCUCAGUUGGAAAACGUAAUCUUGAAGUUAAACAAGGACUUGAAUGGUAAGUUUUUGGACUAUGAAGGUAAUGAACAAAUAUUUUGA